GCUAACAUCAUUGCGCAACGCUUUAGCAGAGAAUCGUAUUCAGCUGCCGCAUGUGCGUCAAGAACCAGGUUACUCAGUACCAUCAAAAUGCAAACAUGCUCCACCUGUGCAACUAGAACAAUCAAACCGAAGUCACUGGUGGGAAUCGGCUCUCCCCGUUGUACGCACUUGAUUAACACAUUCAGUCGGUACGCAUGAAAAUGGGGUAGCAUGGAGAGGGAUGGGCGUGAGAAGCACUUGUCUGCCAUAACAGUGGAACGACUUGUUCACUUUAGAGGAUUCAACAUAGAUAAAGGCGGCCUCUAAUGGAACGCACUAAUACCCAGCGAGUGACUCAGCAGACUAUCGUAUUACCGGGAUGCUGAGGGACACUUCGACGUGGUGAUAACCGAUUUCUCCGUUUCGAAAAUAUGCUGACAAACCUUGUGAUGAUCGAAACACGAGUUUGCUGCUUUGGCACGAAAAAACGUUGAUUCGUCACAGCACUGCUGUGUGCAUCCCCCCCCGUUUCUGUCAACAAAAUGUUACUGCAAAACUGGUUAGAUAUCUCAAAACCAGUCUUCUUGCGGAACAGUUGCCCUCAGUCGAUGGCAGAUAAACCUCUGACGGAUUCUGGAUUCAGCUACGAGAAAAUCAAGAAAGUGUGGCACCCGUUUUUGAAUUUCUUCCGUUCGUCUGCGAGACUCGGAGAGACACAGAUCUGUGCAGACCGUGUCCGCAUGGGCUCGGAUUAAGAAGUUGCGCGGACCCCUAAGGGGGAGUUGGUUGUGCUCAUGAUGUUUUUUCUCUUCUCUUUUACAUGGAAUACUUGGCUUCUUUGCAAAAGACUGACCUCCUCUGCAGUCACAGAGAGGUUCAGAGGCCGGUGCGGCCUCUACUGUGCUAGACUUCUGGGAAUCCGUUGGGGUCGACCAGAAGCACAACUAACCAAGUAAGCGAGGGCCAUGUUUAGUCGCAUGCAGAAGGUUAGCCGUUCCGCAGUCAAACGGCGGUCCAGCCGCUCCGUGAGAUACAUCCUGCACACACUCCCACAAGGUUGUGAGGAGCGCGAGCGGCCCUCUUUCACCCGGAACACAUUUACCCUGUUUACUUGGCUGUUUGGCAAAACACAGGAAUUCACGGAUAUCUUUAACAAAUCGGAGUUUUCGUUCUGACAAACCCGUCUGUGGGGUCCGUGCUCGAGACGUGUCAGAGAGGUCGCGUGUCGCCGCGCGCGUUGUCUAUUGGUCGAUGCGGGAAGGGGGGCUCGUGUGAUUCCCCCCGAAAACGGCGAAGAUAUCAGUCGAUGCGUUCUUCCCAAACGGAAAUAUCUGUUUCCAGCCCGUUUGAAAAAAAAUGCUGUCGCAAGCCUGUCUGCGUUGAGGGUCGAGUCGGCACUCCCCUUCCAUCUGACGUAUAUUUCGCCUGGAGCAACCAAGUUCGGGGCCUCGUUGCGCUUUCCAACGUUGCGCAAACGCAUCGGGCACCCGGACCGCCUCCCUUCCCCUCCCAAAGCGGAUUCACCGCGCUAAACAAGCAGAGGACCCUGGCGAUGCGGAGACACGUUGCGCGGGGCGUCCGCAACGCUGCUGUUCUGAGGUUCCCGUUACGGAGGAAUCCGGAGCUCUGCUUCAACUGUUUUUCCAUGAAAUUCUCGUCACACCUUUUUGCUCCCUCCGAGUGAACGUGCAGCCUGAACACGCUGUGUUUGACGUCUCAACUUCGAAGUUGCCACGACUUCGUCGCCACCGUCCGAGGCGUGGCAAAUCUGCUCAACGUGGGCCGGAACCCUGUAGGCGUUUGCCCGUGCACGUCGCAGGAAGCCGAGAGUGUGACAAGUUUUUCAGCUUCGUCGGCUGAUUUGUUUGCGUCUGCUAAGCCGGAACGGUAAAUGAGUUAGUCCCCUUACAAGAAAGUGAAUGCCCAACUUUCGCCGUCUGCUACUGUCCCGGGGGUCUCCGUGCGUCUCCCGUCUUCAGAUGAACCAGAGAGCCCAUACGUCGAGUGCUGCGCCACACUCGUGCGUUGGCGCCGGUGCACGCGCUCUACCUGUCUAACCAUCCGUGUAUAUUGGUUGCAGCAGGCAAGCACUUGACAGGGAAAAAAGAAACGUAUAUCCUUCGGAAACCCCAUGGCGGAUGGCUCUCUAGUGAGGGUUACAAAGCCGAAAAGCAGCCGAAGCGGAGCCGGCGGCUCUGUGCCCCCGACUGUCUCGCUGUUUACCCCCUCUCUCUCCCCGCAACGGAACGGAUGCUACGGGGGACGUGCACGUCGGCACACAAAUGCAACUCCCAAAUGUGUUGAGCAGGUUAGCUUACAAUUCACUGUGAAACUGUCGCAAAAAGGCUCGAGUGGUGGUGCAGAAAAAGUUGGAAGCAAGGUCCUCCCUGGCACGCGGCUGCCCCAACUCAAGAGGAGCUUACGACGGACACCUCCGCGCCCGGCUGGUGCGGUUUCCGAGGGGGCAGAAAAUACACACGAAUGCUCAACAGAGAGCAGGCAUACAUCACAUGAGCACGCGUCUUACCCUCUGGAUGUGGAUGGAAGCAACGCGUUUGUUGCAACAGACGUGUUGAAGGCGACGGCGGAGAGCGUAUCAACGGUGGCUGCUGCAGCCCCUCUUAGCGCGGAUGAGCAUCCGGCCCACGAACGCUCUAACGUUGCGGAAAUGACGACGCCGUUCAAGGACCCCGAAGAAAAAAUCUUCAUCGAAGACAAACGAGGAGGUUCAAUCCAAGAGGAGAAUUCAUCGAUUUCGCGGCUGUCAUCAACCAGCACGGUGUGGCAUCAGGGUGAUGCGCUCAACAGAGAAAUGCGGUCUUUUUCUAGUGUUGGUUUCGAAGCCGAGGACUUGUUGCAAAGCGGCAUUCUCUUAUCCGAAGAAACUGACGAUUCAAAAGACAAGAAGCGCUCUUCGCCGGACCACUCUGCCGACGACACUGGCCAUUCCGUGCGUCCCGACAGGCGAGAGGCCACAGGACCGGUCUGUGGAAACAGCAGCGUGUCCAGCCGCGAACUGCCAUUGAGUUCUUCCUCGAUUCAGGGACCAGAAGAAAAUAGAGUCUUCAAGGCAGACAGUUCUGGCCGAGACGACGAGGGAGGCGACCAUCCGGUGCGCGGUUCGGUGCUUCGCUCUCUUGCCAUAGGCGCCUCUGAGGGAGGCGUGGCAGGCCUCAGCAACACGCUCUCAGGGUGGGGCGAGCCUGACGAUCUCAAGCCGCCAACCGAAAGUAACCUCAAGUGUCACGCCAGCACCGGGGGAUUUAUAGACCACAGUCGGAGCCCGAGAUAUUCGCAGGUCGGCAACGGUGACGUGAAGCCGCAAAGCCCGGUCACGAGUCCGUCGCACUCGGAGCACCUGAGUUCCUUCCUGCGCAGUCAACUGGCACAGCAGCUGGUGCUUCAGCAGCUUCAACAGGAUGACCUCCAGUGGCGGCGCCGACCUGAAGCUAGGGAGCUGGCCCGCAUUGGAGGACGCCUACAGGAAGCAGGCGGAACAGCGUCUUUUAGUUCUAACUCCCGCACGGGUGAAUACCGUACGAGUGGGGCCAGUGCAGCGUCGUGGGCAUCGCGCGCCAGUAAACAGGAGGAGGACGCACCAAAACCGAAACGGCCUACAGGAAUUGCAUCUUCGGAAACGGUUGCCAGCAUUUCCAUCACGGAUCGCCAGCAAUUUCGACCCUCUACGCAAGGCUUGCUUCUCUCAGAUUCCGCAGAAGCAGAUGCACUUGGAGAAAGUGACGAUGACAGUGGCGCCGCAGACGGUUACCUUCGCGGUGCGAAGCGACAACGAUGGGACUCCGAGGAAGAGGAAGACGAGGACGAAGAAGGCAGCGAGCCCAUUGACCCCAUGAACGACCCCGGAGAAGAGACACGAGUCCGCCUCAUCCGCGCGGCGCGGAAGUUCCCACCUUUCCGCGGCGUUUACUUCGACACUCGCCGUGGUAAUUUGUCUUGGCGAUGCAGCUGGAAGGUUCACGGAAAGAAGCGAAGCCGCAGCUGGAGUGUCAUGAAGUUCGGAAUGGAACGAGCGCGUGCAAAGGCCAUCGCUGAAAGGAUGAAACAUGCGCCGCAUUCCUACGCUCAGAGUCCGCCGUCAUCCAUGAACUCUCAAACCGACGGCGAGACAAGUCCGUCCCUCCGAGCGGCGGCCUUGCUUCCAGCCGUCGUGCGUCCUUCCCCAGGGGUCUCGCCCUCGUUGCGGUCUCACGGCGUGUUAACUCCAGUGGGUAUGGACUCCACGCGGUAUCACGGACCUCUGGGAGGCGGGCAGUACCCGUUACAGCCGUCGCGGAGUAGUCAAGUUUGUGCUGAGGAAGAACUAACAUGUGGAGUUAAGCGCUCUCUCGGGACGCAUGGCGGAGCACGAUCCAGUCUGAUUCAUGAGGAAGACCACGGUGACGAAGGCGAGCAGUUGACUGCAGUGCUGCGAAGGGUUUUGUCCAUGAAGGAGCCUCCGCGCUGCAGUCUACAGCGAAGUCACUCAAAAGCCUCCAAACUGUCCUGCCAAUCAGCACCGUGUCUGUGUGGGCGACCAGGCUAUUCGAAUGGAUCCCGUGAAGACAGGAAUGCGUUAUCUAAAGCGGAGCUUUCUUCCGUCCUUCAAGGUUGCAACUCGCUCCCUUGCGGCGCACGCAGGGUGAGAGUUCGAGAGGAGGCUGAACAGCUUUUUCGGUGUGCACAUUCUUCGCCAAAGCUCGACUACCCCUCUCUUCUCUCUGCUCCGGAGGGAGGAAGGCCGUCGGCGAACGUCCUUCUGCAGUGUCUCAGAGAGAACGUACGGACCGGUACCAUGCUGACCAACCCGUCUCACGUCAAUGGCAACACACGGAGUGGCCUAGGUGAUGAUGGCACCGAGCUGGAUGGUGCCCCGACAAUUGUGCAGAGGGCAAUGACGUUAUUGGACGCACCACCGACGUCCAGAAACCGAGAGGAUGAUUUUCUUCCGUUUGGGAAAAAGCCGAGGACCGGGGCCUUGUUCGACUUUCGUCGAAGUCGAGAGGAAGUGUUCGACGGACAAGGGCACGAGGGAACACGAUCUGAGAUACACCGAGCACUUCCCGCGGUCGACAGCACGUGUCUGGAUGACAAGGGGUCAGACACUACUCUGAAGGGCCCGCCACGUGAGGGCUUUAGGGGGAGAGAUUCUGACGAGCGUGUGGACGCCCUCGACAGGAAAGCUGACUUCGGUCCUGCACAUGGCAGUGCCGAAUAUCUUGCAGGGGCAUCCACGACUACGUCAGUUGACGAGAGGAACAAACUGUCGAUUGGUACCGGAUCUGGAAAUAGCCCCUGCCUUGCUGCGCAAAUACCCGUUCGGUCACCGGAAGCUCUCCUGCACCGUGUUGUUUCUGCAGCCACAACCGCCAGCGCGGACGGUGACAAGUGGAUAGAUAAGGCACAAACACGCGGCACGAAUGUCGCAGGUACGACAAUCCAGGAAAUCUCGGACUCUGUUGACGGCAGCGUUGAUGAGGAAACCAGCGAAAGCUCAAAUCCGCACGUGAGAAACGGGAUGAAGCAAGAAGUCGAGGACCUGGGAAAUCAUUUGCGAACGAGUUCAGCAACGUCAGAAAAAACGAUUACCGACGACAUGCCGGUUUGCCGCAAAAUAGGACUUGAUGCCGAUUCCGCGAUUGAAAAGACCGGUGGCGGUGAAUGUUCAAGUGGGCCUGCGGGAGUGAGAGAAGUUAUUAUCCCUUGCGCUCAAGAUGGACGUUCAACUGCUUAUCGGAGUCGAGAGCCUGUCGCGCCAGAUCGCACCGAGUGUAUCACCAGGGGUACUGGCGACGAAAAUGUGAUCUCUGAGCGGGAGCGCGUCCUAAAUGUUCUGCAGAACCUCAAAGAAUUCGCUUUACCUGUUGCGAGUAAAGGAAAGUGUCAAAAGAUUCAAUGCGCUUCACAGUCGCUUGUGCUGAUUGCGGGUGCUCCAAAAGAAGGCAGCGACGGCGAAAAAAGGUGUAUCGUCAGCGGGAGUGAUGAUACGCCGCAGUUCGCGGCGUGGUGCGCCCGAGCACUAGACGACUUCACGGAAUUCGCACGGACAGCUGACGAGAGCCAGCUAGAACCGUUCGCAGUGUUGCUUCGCGGCUGCCUUGCCACGCUCACUCUGCCGUCAUACCUUUCGGAGGCCGAACAGCUGUCUUUAUUGGCAUCUGUUCUCACGUACUAUUGCAACUGCUUUGAAUGCUCCGGAAAGCAACAGGCCAUUGCCCCUUCAUCAGGGGACAACGCAGCGUAAACAGGUGACCAGUUGGCCAUGAAACGGCUGAACACGGUGCCAGUCCAGUUGUUUAUAGUGGUGACGGGUCCUUGUUUAUAACCAAAGGAUUUUUGUUAACCGGCAUCUUCGUUUCGAAGUUAAACCUCUGUGGUCGAGACGAGGUCGUGGUGCUUGCUGGGGGUGAACUCCCAAAUCUACAGCGCUCUGCAGGAAGGUGUCCGUAUUGGACAUUAUACAACCCGCUGUUUCUCUAGAGGACUUCAGGAGUAGUGCUGCCCUCAACGAUUGAAGCCACGGAGACUGGUGCAACGGCUCAAAAUCUGUGGCUCACUCCAGGUCGACUCAGGACUAACCGACGGCAGAAUGGAAUUUCUCAUCCACUGUGCCCGUGAUGGUGCAGAUGAUACUUCGUGGUGCUGUUUCUGUAUAUCAGCGCGUUAACAGGGUGGGUCAUCCGUGGUUCCUAUACUCUCGUGAGGUACCAGUGCGCCAGCCACCUUCCCAGCGUAUAUUCCUCAUUUCUGUUAGGACAUGUGCUGCGGUUAAGCUGGACGGACUGACUUUCCUUCUACAAGUUUCAUCGCCUACGUAUCCAGGGUUCUGUCUCAUAUGGUUAUGUCGAUCCCCCUGAUAGCUGCCACUGUACAGCGCAUCGUCGGCGUGCGCGAGGUUGCGGUGUGCAGGCCGUUUUUUUUGUCAUACCCGCUGCAAAGAUUUUUCAUUUAUGCUGUUGUCGGCGGCGUGAUGGCUCGUGAUGAAGACGGCCAGGUAAUAUAUCUCUUGUCAGGACUACACAAUCAGUGCGGAGCAAGACUUGCUGUUGAAAGUGUGGAGUCUGACGCGCGCCAAUGGUGGCUAUCCGGUCUGGAGGAUGAAUGGUGUCGCGCUAAUUGACACACAGGGCAGUCGUUUCCAUGUAACAUGUAUGCCAUGAUCGGGCAUUUGCAGGGACUCGGAGUUUUACCGCUUGGCAUUCCGACGUUUCAGGGGGGGGUCUGUUAUGUCGGUGUUAUGUAGAUACUCGCGCCAAGCCAUUAACCGCAGGUGCUCUUGCAUUCUCACAAAAACGGACAGUCGAGGUUGUGGUUGAAGUGCCUGGGCGUGGGACGCAUGUCUUGUUGUUCUGCGGGGUGUUGUUUUUGUUAUUGGUUAGGGGCUGAUUCCAGGCUGCCGCAUUGUUUCAUGUUGAGAGACGAAGGGUGGUUUGUUGUGUAUACUGUGGUAACGGCUGUGUAAGUGUGAACAAGAGCAUGUAGCGUGUGCGGACUGAGACAAGUGGGUUCGUGACUGAUCCUGACUGUCUUAUGUUUCGUGUCAAGUAUUAUCUAUUGAUCAAUGUC